GACAGUCAAGUUGUUGUUUUGUUAACGUCAUAUAGUACAUACAUAUACAUAUACAUAUAUACAAUACUAAAAGUGAAGCAAGUUUUGGAGAUCUGACGGGAGUUUGAGCUGUGUUGUCGAUCUGUGAUAUUAAAAAAUAAAAAAUAAAAAUAAAAACUUGCGGAAAUUAAAAGCAUUCCCGCGCGUUUUGAGCUCAAAGUUUGUGUGCGUAUGGAUAAAAAAUAUAUAUGUACAUAUUAAAAUUGCAUAACCGUCAAUCUAAACCGCUAACAAGACGGUGUACUUAACCGACUGAUGACAAUCAAUAUAAAAAUGGAACAACAAACGGCUGUGAGUGAAAAUAAUAACAAACACAAUGGGCACAACAACACCUAUGAUCGAUCUACUUCACCACAAUUAACGAAAUUAAUAAUCCCCCUAAAUGGUGAAAAAUCAACGCCCGCAAAAACAUAUAAUACCCCACAAAUUGUCGACGCUGAUGCGUCCAAACAGCAUAAAAAGCCGAAGAAGAAGCGUCGCGACAAAAGUGAUUUGGGCGAUGAUUUCGUAGCGCCCGAUGGCGGUUGGGGUUGGCUGGUUACCGUGGCGAGCGGUAUUGCUGUGUUAGUGACAUUCGGUUUGGCUCAGCAAUUUGGCAUAAUUUUUCGAGAUUAUAUGUACAGUAUUGGCAUCUCCAGCUCGCAGCUGACGACGAUUAUCAACACACAGAUUGCUGUCUCGGCGUUAACAGGCCUACUCAAUGGACCGCUCUUCCGACGAUUUACAUAUCGCCAAGUUGCACUGGGCGGCUCAACGCUCAUCUUCAUCGGCAUGUUUCUGUCAGUAUUCGCUCAAUCAUUCUUAUUCUAUAUGAUGUCUUUCUCAUUUUUCUACGCGUGCGGACGAGGUCUCAUGGUGUCAGCGUCUUCAAUGGCAGUGAAUACUUUCUUCAAAGUGAAACGUCGCACCGCCACAUCGUAUCAAUUCGGCGUGGCUGGCAUGGGUCCAAUUAUUUUACCACAUUUAGCCACAUUCCUAGUGCAGUCGGUGGGCGUCAAAGGCACCGUGCUCAUCUUCUCCGGUCUUUCACUGCAUAACUUCGCUUCCUCAUUGAUUUUCCAGCCCGUGCAGUGGCAUGUGAAAAAGAUUCAAGGUGACGCCGAAGCUGUGCGCCCAGUGUCCCAACAUUUUGAGGACGAAGAGCCCGAACAAUUUGUCGAGCCCGAUACACACAGUUUGGCGCGUGCCAAUGAUGGUUGGUAUGGUUCGCGUACCUCCAUAAACACGCUCACGCAGCGACAUCGUCUCAGCACCGGCGAUAGCGUGCAAAUGCAGCGCCUGAGACGUUUGAGUAGUGCCGGUGCUGGUAGGGCGGCGAUUAAACAGCGCUCAUUCUCGACGAGUGAGAGCAUUAAAGAAGAUGAAUUGGAACAUUUGCAUACGAAUUUCGACCACACCACUAAAUUGGAGCAUUUGGAUGAGGGUAUAGAGGCCGAGCAGCAUAAGAAGCAAUUGGAGUUUGUAGAAAAAGAGCGGAUCGUGACGGAAAAGACGCUGCAGGAAAUGAUAGACGAAGAAGAGGAGGCACGUCGAAAGCUGCCCUUCUAUCAAAAGGUGAUCAUAUUCUUCGACUUGGAUCUGUUGCGCGACUUCACCUACGUCAACUUGGCAAUGGGCAUGACGAUUAUCAAUUUCGUGGAGAUCAAUUUUGCCAUCCUAACGCCAUUCAUUUUGUCCGACUUCAAAUUCACGAAUCAACAAAUCGCCUUCGCCAUGUCCUGCUUGGGCGUUUGCGAUGUCAUACUGCGUUUCCUCACACCACUGCUCACUGCGAAAAUACCGUUGAGUAAUAAAAAUUUCUUCAUUAUCGGCAUAUUGGGCAUGUGUUUGGGUCGUGUGUUCCUCAUCUAUUGUCGCAGUUUCUAUUGGUUGCUAGCAACCUUCGGUUUCUUGGGUCUCUUUAAGGCUUUCCGCACAAUUUUCUCGCUACUCAUCAUACCGGGCUAUGUGCCGUUGAAGCGUCUACCCGCCGCUGCUGGUCUACAAUUGCUGAUGUCUGGCAUUUUUUCACUCAUCUUUGGACCAAUUGUGGGUCUUAUACGCGAUGCCACGGAUUAUGGCUAUACUUUGCAUGUUCUCAACGGUUUGAAUAUUAUUGCCAUUGCGGGUUGGAUAAUUGAAGAUCUGCUGAGGAAGAAUAAGAAAACCACGUUACAAUAGAAUAGAAAAAUGUUUUUUUCUUUUAAAUUAUUUAUCUAAUUGAGUGCCAUCUGCCAACGCCCAUAUAUUUUAUAUUUAAUGUAAUUAAAUGGACUGAUUUAUUGUUUGCCCAUUUUUAAAUAUGGAAAAUGUCAAAUUUGGUAGUGAAAAGUAUGAGUGGUACAUAUUUUUGUAUAUAUAUAUAUAUAUAUAUAUAUAUAUAUACGUAUAUAUAUGUAUGUGGUCACAGAAAAAAGUAAAUAAGCCAUUUGAGCAUUUACCUCAGCUAAGAAUUUGCAAGCCAAAGCUCUUGGCACGCAUUCCUAGACAAACAAACAAACCAAUUUCUAUGUACGUACACACAUAUCUACAUACAUAUACCUCUAAUUCGAAAUAGUCAAUAAUUACUUUACCAAAUUUUUGUUUUAAAUAUACAUUUAUUUUUUUAAAUGUUAAUUAGUGUGUAAGUAUUAGUGUAAAUAUGUCUGUUAUAUUUGAAUUAAGUGUUGAAAGUGUUUACGUACAUAGGUGUAAUGCAUACAUCCAUAUGAAAAUAUGUAUGUAAGUAUAUUAUGCCGAAGACACCUACUUUGUACUGAAAUCUUGUUAUAUAUGUAAAUAAAUUUAGCGUGUAAAUAAAAAAUUAUUUUUUAA